AUGUUUGCCACGUUUGCCACGCUCCUGGCGUUGCUUUCCGAAGGAGCACCCGCACCUGUCGAGGACUUGCACCUCCUCCAGCGACGGGCAGCGAAGCUGAGCACAGAGGUCGUGGUAGAGGCCGUGCCCAAAGGCCUGGUUGCGGCUGACCAGCUCGACGUGAAAGGUGUCGAGGCAGCUCAUGAAGAGGCCACACAUGUGGCCACGCCAUGCCGAAGCAAAGAGAAGAAAGAGAAUCAGUCGCAGUGCAUCGUUGCAACCGUCCUCGAUGUUUUUGACGUGCUGCAGAGCACCGCAGACCUGUCGCCCUUGAACGCUGAAGUGGACAAGGCCUUGACUGCUUUGGUGUCUAUGGUGCUGGUGCCUCAGCCAGCUGAGGUAGUCACUGCCGUGCUGGAGGAUCCGCAAGUGCGAGCGAUCAAGAAGCCUUUGUGGCACUUCCUGUCCGAGGCGGAGUACGAGAUGGAAAGCUGGUGGGCUCGCAGAUUUCUGGCAGAGCAUGCGACCAUGGAGGGCACCAGCGCCUUCUGGUAUAGAGAGAACUACAAGGAGCUCACUGCGCUGGAGCUUGCACAUCUGCACAAAGUUGGGCAUCGGCCGAGUGCGGGGGACCACGUCGUGUUUGUCGGUGGCGGCCCAUUGCCUUUCAGCGCCAUCGAGUACAUGCUCCAGAGCGGUGCAAAGGUUACCGUCGUUGAGCACAACCCUUGGGCUGUGCAACUCUCGACGGUCUUGAUCAAGCAGCUGGGGUUGGAGAAUGUUGCGGUGGAGUAUGCCGCAGGUGAGCGCUUCGACUACGCAGGCGCCACGCACUUGAUCGUUGCCGCACUUGUGCGACAUGACGACGCGGUCAUUCGCAGGGCGAUGGACACGGCUGACUUGCGCAUGGUUGGGGUGAGGAGCGCCGACGGCCUGCGGUCUCUCUUGUACGCACCAUUGGACGGCUCGCUUGACCAACUGCACCUACAGCCCACUGGGGGCAGCGCCGUGAAUGCGCGCGUGAUAAACACCCUUCUGACUUUUGAGCCUGCUCACGCCAAACAGUUUUGA